UUCCUAGGUACCUCAUCAUUGGACGCCUACUUCGUGAAGGAAACACUGACAACAGCAUGAGAGGUAGCCUCUUCUGACCAACUCUCCACUUCCUGGAUGUCUCAGCUUUGCUUUCGCGACGGUUAUUCGCUGUGUCGCCUGUCUCUAUUCAGAGCUUCAGCACCCCUCUGUCAGUUCCACACCUAGUCCCAGGACGACGCCUCUUGUAGCCUUGAAUGCCGGCUCAAUGCUGGUGCUGAGGACCACCACCACAUCGCAUUCCGAGGAGCUGCAAAGCGCAAGUCGAAUGAAUGCAACCUCUAAACCCAUUCCUGAGCGCCUUCUCCAAGAGCCCCCUCGCCGCUCAGUGCAGCCCCGCUCGACUCCAUAUCCUCCUUGUUCCCCCCACCUCUGUCCUGCUCAGCUCCCGCGACUCAGAGAGCGGCGCCCUCUUGACCGACACUGUUGCCUCAGACGAGUUCAUAGGCAGCCAUGUUUUGCGCAUUGGAAACGGCAAGGGUUCGGCCGCGGGAGGAAAGGAUGUCGCCCAGAACCUGCGCGAAAUGAGAGGGAAGGCGAAGGUAUACAAUACCAUCAAUGGUCGGAGCAUCAUCAUCAAGGACAAUCUUGUCUAUAGCAAUAAGGGCUUCAAGAACUUGGCCCACGCAAACAUACUGAACGACACCAUUUGGUAUCCCGACACCCUUGAACCGAGACCAUUCUUGAUCUACUACAUAUCCCAGCCUUUGGUUGGCUCAUGGGACGAGAUCAAAAUCCGGCCCGCCAUCUUCCCGCCGGUCGUUGAAGGGGGCCAUGCGCCUACAAUGAAUAGGGGGGACCCAGGCGCCGACCCGACACCGUCCGUCAUUGUUCCUCGAAAGAAGGACAUCAAGAGCUUUCAUGACCUCCUCAACCACUUCCCCGUCAUUGCUCGGCAGAUGCAGUCGGGUCUCGAGAAACUGUUCCGCGAGUUCACAACUAUUUUCGAACGGCCGUUACCACCUCCUCCAUCCGCCAAUCAUAUUCCUGACCCGGAGCCGGAUGGUCCAAUUCUGGCAGCGAUGAAGAGGGUUAGAUCGGACAGUGCUUCGAUUCGAAGAAACGGCGCUAGCAGUAGGAGAUCGGAUCGCGCAAUAGAGAACUUCUAUGCCGAAGACGAGGAAGACGUGAUGAGAGCGUCCCUUGAGACCGCCGUUACCACUGCCAUCGAUCUGUUCCAGUCCGUUGACAAGCAACAGCUGUCUCUACUUGGCGCGACCACCGACUUGACUGGCCCGGUUGUGGAGAGACUGAUCGAGCGCUACGUCACCGAGAGCGUCCAUCACCUCUUAUUUCCGCGACUCAGCGCUCUGAAACGUCCUGAUGACCUCGAACUGGAGGCCAAGAUUCGGCAGAUGGACUUCAUUGAUAUUUCGCAGCUCGGAAUUGCCAUGGAUGGUGGUUGGAGUGGCAAGCGUGACCUGAUCGCCAGUCUGGGGCGGGCCAUGGAUGAAUUCCGGAAGAUGAGCAAUGCGAUGAGUCCCCAGGAGACGCUGGAAACCCUUCUGCGCACGACCAAAGCGGUGACUCAGCUUUCGGAGAGCUCACGGCAAGGGGCUGUCUACUCAGAUGGUUCUGAAAAGCCGGUGCUCACGAUCAAUGCCGACACCCUAGUGUCUCUGCUCUUAUAUGUCGUCAUCAAAGCUCAGGUCAAGAACCUCCAGGCUCGUCUCAUAUAUAUCCGCCACUUCAUAUUCAUUGACGACGUGGAUAAUGGUGAGAUGGGUUACGCUUUGAGCACGUUCGAAGCCGUGCUCUCGUACCUAGACGCCGAUUCCGGCAGCCUCCGGAGAGCGAGCCGACGAAACAAAGCUCUCUGGGAUGCCGCAGCGAAGGGCGACCUUCCGGGACUGAUGAGGAUAAUGGAGCCCACCUCAGGUGCAACGGGCGAUGAAAACGAGCUGUUUGAGUCGCCGCCGUCAUCCAGCCGCUGGGAGAGUUCUAGCAGCUGGACCCUCCCAAACGGUACUAGUUCCAGGCGGUCUUCCUCUCCCCUUACCGUCUCCGAGAGGUUCUCGCUUGGGUCGGGCCUAAGCCAUGUCUUCCCAUUCCAAAGCCGGGGAGAAGAAGAAGAGUACGGAGAGUAUGAGCUGCCUCUGGCGCCGCCAAAGCGAAUAAAAAGAGUCGCGAUGGACACCCGAAGCAUGUCCAGCGGGUCCGAGAUUUCGUACCGUUCCAGAGCAACGAGCACCGGGACGAUUGGAAGCGGCAUUGAGGGCGACACUUCGAUCGAACGCCUGGCACAGACCCAAGAUGCCUCAGGGGAGUCUGUAUUGAUGAUGGCAGUUCAGAAUGAUAGGCAAGAAGUCCUCAAGUAUCUCCUGUCUCUGGAACAAUACUACUCGCCCGAAAUCGUGGCCGAGGACAGAAACAACGAGGGGACGACACUGUUAAGCGCUGCUGUACAACUUGGGCAUGCCGACAUCAUUCGCAUCCUGCUAGGAUACCUCCUCGAAUUCUCAUCACACGAUAGUGUCCGUCGCUACCUCGCCAUUCAAGAUACCCGCGACAGGAGCGCGGCGCACUACCUUUUCCAUGCUCCAUUUCUCAUCCGGGAAAUUGGCAGGAUGCUGCCAUGGCGGCAAAAGGACAAGAACGGCCAGACCCCGUUGUUCGCCUUAUGUCGGUCGUACGAUCACGCCAUGUAUCACAAAAUGGUGGAGGAAGCCCUCAACGUGGCGACCGAGACGCAGGGGGAUGGUCAGCCUCUGCAUCUAGAUGACCACGUGGAUGCCAAGGGCAACACACUCCUACACAUUGUGAACGAUGCUAAGCUGGCAGUAUACAUCUUGCAUCGGUGCGAUGUCGACGUCAAUGCGACGAACGAGAAGCACUUCACGGCACUGAUGGUCGCAAGCAAGUAUGGUCGAUUCGACAUGGUCCGGGCGCUCUUCAGCGAUCCUCGCGUCGACGCCGCUGCCAAGGAACUACGAGGGCUCACCGCGGUGGAGCUGGCCAAAGAUGACGAUGUUCGGAAUAAGAUCGACGACCUUGCCCUCUUCUCCAUGCCUGUCGGUCCGGAGUCGCGAACCACACGCGUCGUCCGUUCUUACUUUGUCGAGGAUGCCUCAAUCCGAUUUGUCCUCAAAUCCGGGGCCCCCGUCGACCAGCACAGUUAUGCAGUCACAACCUGUCGGCGCUCUCUGACCGACUUCGAGCGUCUUGCGAAGCUCCUUGCGUUGGAGAACCCGGCAUCGUGGAUUCCGUCGCUGGCCAACCUUCGGUCGCCGACGCAGAUACCUUCGAAGCCGAGUCGAGCCGUGCUAAAGGAUCUACAGCUCCGCGUGGAUUGGUUUCUCAGGAUCCUUCUCUCCCACCCCACGUUUGCUACUCAUGAGAUGCUGUGGGAAUUUUUCCUAGUUCCCGAUCUCCAACCGGAUAUGAUGGAGCAACGGAGCCAGUUGAAGGCAGAGACGCGGGCCGAAAAAGUACGCGACGAGCUGGAGCCGCUCGAAGAUGUUCAAGAAGUCGAGCAGUUUGUCGAGUAUGCAAUGGAGAUGGUCCAUGGCCUCCAGUACAGUACACGGCGCGUUGGGAGGGGUGCCAGCGUCGUCGGCAAUGCUUCUUCUGAUUUACAUGAAGCGUCUCAACUGCUCGCGCGAGCGACUAGCACACUCGACUUCUUACCCCAGUCACACAGCUCAGCUUUCGAGGUUUACGCCCGUGCCCUUUCCUCGUCGCAGUCGUCUCCCAUAGCCGCCUUCCAUGGCACAUUCUUGGCACUUCACUCGAUCAUCGAAUCGAUACUCCUAGCGCUCGCCCGCCCCCAGCAACUGAUAACGCAGAUUCUCGCGGCACGUCGCGAUGCCGAACGUAAUCACAAUUCUCUCGGCCGGUCUACCCGCUGGCCACUUGGCCUACUCGACGACGCGCGGCAACGGCUGAACGAAGAGCGUGAAGAGAGAGCCCGCCGUAGCGAGAUGGAGGCUGAGGGCCUGGCAAAGGAGCUGCGAUACACCCAGCAAACCGUGGCACAGGAGCUGGCCGGGUGGCGAGACGUGCACGAGAAGGUUGGCCGCAGAGCCAUCAGGGAUCUGGCGAGGGGGAUGGUGAUUGCGGAGAAGAUGCGGCUGGACGGGAUGCACAGAGCGCUCAGAAGGGUGAGAGAGGUGAGCACAGAUUCUGCUGCAGGCGAAGGGCAGGAGGCAAGCGACAGUCUGUCAGCGCUGGGCCAAAACAACGCGACGUUGGGCCAGCAGCAAGUCACGUCGGAUCGCGUGACAAACGGGGACAGCAGUGCAGGCUCAGGCCCCACGCGGGCUAUCGACUGAGGAGAUGACGUAUACUGCCGUGAAGCGGUCAACAGCCGUACAUGGAUAGCCGCAAGGGUGGGCUCGGGAUCUGCAGGCCGAGUAGUUUGAAGUCGGUGAGGGCGACGUGGGACGCGACGGUGUCACUAGCUCGAGGCAUGGCGGCGCAAGUUUCUGGCCUGACCCAUCAUGCUGUCCGGACGGAGUUCUUACAUCAUCAUCAUCAACAACAUCAUCGUCUUUUGUCGGGCGUUUCCCAGCGAUACGAUACCCCCUCUUUUAGGCUCGUGGGCAACAUCGGGAGGGAGCCAUCGCCUGACGAGUCCAAGGGGCGUUACACAUAUAGAUACGGUACAUUGAAUAUACACACAUAAUUCAC